GAGACGUCGUAAAAUGUGCCGUAAAGCAGUUCAUGUGUGUAUGUAUGUGAGAGACACGUGGUUGUGAGUACACGUGCGCGCGCGUGUGUACUCGCCUGUGUGUGUGUGCUCACCUGUGUGUGUGUGGGGGCGCGCGUGCGUCUUUUGUACACGCGUGGCGCGCGUGCGUCUUUUUCCCGUGCUCAAGAACUCUGCUCAGUGGCGAGGAAAAUCCGCUGAGACCCAGAGCCUAGACUGGGCCGCCUUCAACCGAAUCUUCAUCCGUCCAUCGCCCGUGGGCGCAGUGCGGCCCGUGCCAGUGAGUGGUGCGGCGGGGACGACCACGCAUGCGUGUGGACGCGCCGUUGCCCAUCAUGGAGUUCCAGGCAGUGGUGAUGGCCGCGGGUCAAGGCUCCCGCAUGACGGACCUCACCACCAGCGUUCCCAAGCCGCUGCUGCCCAUCGGCAACAAGCCAAUGAUCUGGUAUCCACUCAACCUGCUCGAGAGGACUGGCUUCGAAGAGGUGAUCGUGGUGACGACGAAGGACGUGAAAGCGCAGCUGCUGGGGCAGGCGUCGCUGAACACGCGCCUCCGCCUCGACAUUGUGUGCAUCCCUGAGGAGGCCGACAUGGGCACAGCCGACUCCCUGCGUUUCAUCCAUAGCCGCAUCAAGAGGGACGUCAUCGUCUUGAGCUGCGACCUAAUCACGGACGUCUCCCUGCACCAACUCUUCGAUCUCUUCCGCCUGCGCGACGCCGCGGUGGCGAUGAUGGCGCGCCACGCUCAAGACUCGGGCGAGCCCGUGCCGGGACAGAAGGGCAAGCGCAAGCCCGAGCAGCGGGACUUGAUUGCCGUGGACGAGUCGGGCGAGCGGCUGCUGCUCGUUUCGCACGAGGCCGACCUGGAGGAGGAGCUGCUCAUCCCCAGAGCGGUCGCCCGCCGCUUUGCGCGAAUCCACAUCAAGUGGGAGCUGGAGGACGUCCACGCGUACUGCCUGCGCAAGUGGGUGCUCGACUUCCUGGAGGACAACACCUCGAUGUCGACGCUCAAGGGGGAGCUGGUGCCGUACCUGGUGCGCAAGCAAUUCUCCCGCGCGCCGCGGCGCUCCGCCAGCCUGGAGGACGACGACGGCGCCGACCGGCCCGUGUGCGGCCGGCAAGACGUGCACGACUACGUGCGCGAGGACCCCAUGCAGGCGCUGGCGCGGGACAAGUCGUCGUUCCGCGGCACCGGCGACCGCCUGCGCUGCUACCUGCUGGAGGCGCCGGCCGGCUCCCUGUGCAUGCGCGCUAACUCCCUCGCCUCCUACAUCGAGGCCAACAAGCAGGUUCCCAAAGCUCUACCAUCACUCAUCCUGGGCGCAGACGAGCCCAUGAUCAGUCCGUGUGCCACUCUCGGAGAUAAAUCUCAGGUCGGCUCCGAGAGUAUGAUCGGGCACGAGACGACGCUGGCCGAACGGACGUCGGUGAAGCGCAGCGUGGUGGGCGAGGUGUGCACCAUCGGCGAGCGCUGCAAGAUCGCCAACUCCAUCCUGAUGCACCGCGUCACCGUCCAGGAGGGGUGCACCCUGACGGGCUGCGUGGUGUGCGAGGGCGCCGUCAUCGAGAAGGGGGCUGAGCUCAAGGACUGCCUCGUGGGAAGCCAGAUCCUGGUGGAAGCGCGCGCCAAGCGGACGAACGAGGUGAUCGUGAACAGUGAGCAGAUGAUGGAGAUCUGAGGGAGGUCGUGUCGCUGGGUCGCUCUCCCGCGUGGGGCCAUCCCUCUGGCGGUUAACAUCGGCCACCGUUCCGCUCUCAUUAUCGCAUGCGCCGACCACACCAUUGCCUGGAUCCAUGAUGCACCUCGACAGCUGCCGCUUGUGUGAAUCCACCACUGGAUGGAGGCCCCCACGCCGUGCGGGUCGUGGAGGUUAAUUUUUUUUACCGUAUUUCGCCACGCUGGUCAGUGCGGGUUGGUGAAGACGGGGGAGCGUAAUCAUCGGAGUGUAGAGCUACAAUACAACGAUGAAUUUUGCUACACUACCGUCUGCUUCCCACAACCCUGACAUCCUCUAUCGCCUGUUUUAUGACCGGCCAUUGCCCAUCCAAGUGCCGUCCGGGCCCAAUGUGGCCUGGCAACCGAGAUCGGAAGACAUCGGGCGCUGUCCGAGCGAUUCGGUCAUGGGUGGUUUCACGUGCGUGUAUAAAAAAAAAAAUGAAGCUCCUUUCGAUUUUCUCUGGGGCUGCUUUUUAUUUUCAAAGGACGGGAUGCCACUCAAAAUACAUAAAUCUCGUUGUCUUGUGGAUACGCCCUUUGAAGGUGUGCGGCGAUGCACUGGCUUCGUCGAUUAAGAUCGAACCGUGCACUCACCGCACUAUGCAGCCGUGCUGCGAGAAUCGCAUUUAAUUCGCGUGUAUUGUAAAUUGGUUCACGUAAUUCCCACAAGUCACUGGAGGCCACUGUAUUCCCCACGCUGGCCAAACAAUAAUGAUCAAUAUGGGAAUCUUGUGACCGCGAAUCGUAAUGGUUCGUGGAAUUGCGAAAGGUGCUGAAUCGUCAUGUGCGCGAUUCCUACGCUGUUGUGUCCCUGAGCCGUCCGGCAUGGCAUCUUCAUGAAUCGUACGAAGAGACCUCGCAGCCCCGGAGCGCUCUGCUGGCAUUACCAUCACUCCCACGGCCGACGCGAUAACUUCGCUUGCUGUGACGUUAACCCGAGUGCCGUCAGCGGUGGUAUUAAAGUCUUUCUUUCUCAUUAGCGAAGCUUCUGACCCACGUCGUACAGCCACUGACACGCCGCAGCCCUCGUGCGUAGGAGCUACAAGAUAGCCGUUUGGGUGGUUUUUUUUUAGUUGCAUGAAGUCAAAAGUCACGUGGUGAACGGGUGGCUCGGAGGUCAGAGUGCUGAGCCGGCACUGCUACGAUCCUAGUUUCGAUCUGGAUUUCAACUGUGAUUAAACCGCUCGUCAAGUGUGGCGAGUUGAUGGCCUCUCGGCUCGUUAACCAAUCAACAACUGCAUUAAAAACAUAAAAUCGCAUUAAAUUUGGUUCUGAACCACAUUUUCCUAAGUUCCAGCUCUGGGAAUAAAUACACCGGUGUGGCGAAGAAUGUUCCCGAAUGCAGAGCAGGUGAGGAAGUGCUGCCCUCUACUGUGCAGACCAGAGUUCACUCGGAGGUAGCUCUAUGAAAUCCGCUUCCGCGGGACUGUUCCCUAACCUCGGGUCGCCCUGCUGUGCGAGAGUUUCGAAUAUAUUCUUCUCAGAGCAUGACAACGACAGCAGAAUUGGGAUAACAUUGGAGGACAAGUUAGUAACUACAUUACAAAAAGCUUUGCUGGCUGACUGGACGAAGGUAGGGAGGGAGGAAGAGACGGACGGACGGCCACGACCAAAAGAACGCGCGCGUUGCUAGUUAAUUUAAAACAAAAAGAAAGUCGAACGUCGGACUGAAGUUAUGGCCGCUUGGCCGUCGAGUUGGGACACCCGGUUGGUGGCCUGGGCUCUCAGCCACCGCUCUGGGUGCUGCACGGGAGCGCCACCGCAGGUAUUGCCCGUUAAUAAUAAAGUCCCGGCUGUAAAA